AUGAGCACCGGAUCCGUUGCUGAAACCCAACAGAAGCCGUCACAGGCUCCUGCGUUCAGCUACGAACCUCUCGAAGAUGCUGCGAAGCAAAUUCGGCUUGUGGAAAUUGUUCAACAAACAAAUAAUUGUCUCGCGAUACACCUGAGUCAACAUGACGUGCUCAAUGCACCAGAAUACAAUGCAAUAUCAUACACAUGGAGUGAUGGCGGAAUCAUCCGCAUGACCGACAUCACCGUCAAUGGUCAAGCGAUGCGCGUCACAAAGAAUUGCCGGUACGCUCUGGAGCAAGCGCAUUCGCAUCACCACCAGCCGCCACCGACCCAAUCUUACUUUUGGAUUGACUCUAUCUGUAUCAACCAGAACAGCAAUAUAGAGAAGCAGCACCAAGUCGCCAUGAUGGGUUGUAUUUAUGCACAGGCGGCUAGAGUCCUGGCGUGUGUGGGCCCUCACCAAGACAACAGCGAAGAUCUUGCUAAGAUUUUGGAGCCUAUGAAAGAUUUGCGUCAAAAACAUCCUGCACAACUAAAUCACUGGUCGAAAACGAACGAAUGUAACAUUGACAAAGCCGAUCCUAUCCUGAAAUCAGCAUGUCUUGAUCUCUUUUGGAACCCAGACACCCCAGAUUACGAGGCAAUCUGGGGUUUUGACCUGAAACUUCUCAAUUUCUCCGAACGUUAUUACUGGACUCGACUGUGGAUCAUCCAAGAAGUCGCAUCUGCCAAAGAGCUUGAAAUUCUUUGCGGCUCUGAUAAAUUUUCAAGAUCCGACGUAUAUCUACUGCAUUGGAUAGCUGCAUAUUGUUCAGGUUUUCCUGGUAGGUCUAGCACACCCGUGGGAAGGGAAGCCUCACCAAAUCUUCAAGCAUUCUAUGGUGACUCCAACAAUCAGUCUUUCUCACACUUCAAAUUUGUGUUGAGUUGCAACUCGAUAGACCGAGUCCCUGCUCUCACAGCCCUCUCAUUCCAAAGUCCAUUCGGCUGUUCACGACCAGAAGAUAGGGUCUACGGAAUGCUCUCUCAGAUACAAUGGCCCGAGACUGACCCACCCAUUCACCUUGAGCCCAUGUAUAAGCCGUCAGUUAACUUUGACCUUGCCGAACUAUUUCUCAGCUUUCCUAAGUGCAGUCAUGAGAAUGUCAUGGGGAUUUUCAAGGCACUCGAGAUCUGCCAUGAUCUUGAUAAAAUUGAAGAGCUCGUCGCAGCUAGAUCCCGCACAUCAAAAGAACCCCAGAAUAGUUCCAAGUCUUCAAUUUGUCAAUAUGAUCUGAACAUCUGGACCUACGAAGUCAUAACCGAAAACAACAUGGGUCAACUUACUGCGAGACUACGUUGCAAAGAUGGAGUUAUAAACUAUUCUCCUACAAUGCUCAACAUGAUCGACAAUGCACCAAAACUGUUAUACGCGGAGUCACGCAUUGCCGCAGUACUCUGUAGUGAAGCUCGCAAAGGAGAUCUUCUAGCCAAAAUGCCUUUUGGAGAAUGCCUCCUUGUCCUACGUUACAGCGGUAGUUUCGACGAGUAUCACAUUGUUGGACAAGGUCUCCUGCUCGAAGGAUAUACCAUCCCUCGAUUUCGGAUUCAAGAAGAAAUUCUGAUGAAGAUAAUGGACAAGCACAGGAGAUCUUUCAACCACUAUCUUGCAGACCACACAUGGCUUGUGCGUGAGGGUUUUGAGAGACAUCGGCGGGAUCCUGUCUUGUGUUCGAUGUAUCUCCAGAAAAUUUAUGAAGGUGAACGGGCGUUACAAAACCAUAAAGAUGACCUUCAGCUCCGAAACGAAAGGCUCGGUAUUAUUGACACGGGUUUAGGAAUGGUUCGGAAGCUCCUGCAAGUCCAAACAAGCUUACUAGGCGAAACAAGGCGUAGUCGGUUCGAAUCUCGCCGAAACGAGACACCAGCGCCCUUCAUUCUAGAACUUGAACCACUCGAGCUACUGCUUCUCGGAUGUCAAGACUUGGAGAAAGACGGAUCUCGCAACCGAAGGAAGAUGAUACAAAGACUCAACACGACCAUACACGGCAGAGCUUUUGGUCCUCCCAGACCAGAGGACUCAGAGUGA